UUGGAUGAAAAUAUAGAAUAAAUAAAAUGUGGUUAUAUACUAAUUACAAUACUGACUACUGAGUAUUUUAUGUAGUUUAAUAGUUUAUGCAGUUUUGCUCCAUACUCCAUAGACAUUAUAAGACUUUAUGAUAUUUAUUAUAUACCAUUACAAAUACCUUCUUAAAUAAACAAUAAUAAUUAUACAAUACAACUUURCAAAUUUAGAGUUGUUAUUUCUUGAGCAUUUUCAAAAAAAUUGCUUAUCAAAAUUCAAGCUCAUUUAGAUAAUUUACCAGUUUUGAGUAGCAAAGUUAAAUUAUAACAAUAAUCAUGUCGGCUUUAAACAGUUCCAGUACUAGUACUGACCAAAAUGAUCCAAAUAAAGACAAAUCAAAAACUCCAAAAUCUAAAGACAUGCAUUUACCCAUAUCAAGAGUACGUACCAUCAUGAAAAGUACACCAGAUAUUGAAAACAUAGGAUUACCUUCAUUGCACGUUGUCACUAAAGCAACUGAGCUAUUUAUACAAAAACUGGCACAGGAUGCUCUCAAAGGACAAAGACACUUCAGACAUUUAGAAUAUAAUGAUCUUGCCAGAGCUGUCGAAGAUAAUGAAAAUAUGUAUUUCCUUAGAGAGGUUUUGCCUAAAAAAAUUACUAUGGCUGAAUACUAUAAAUUGGUUGGUAAAGAGUCCUCAGAGGAUGGCGAGGACAAUGAUAACAGUUCUCAAACGUCACAUUCUUCAUCAUCAUCAGUAUCAUCAGACAAUUAAUCUAUUUAAUACAUUAUAUUCCUUAACAGUAACAAUAUGUGAAAUUAUAUUGU